AUGCACACAUUCGCAAACCCGAAUCCCGCCUUCGUUGCUGGUACGCCGAAAGACCCCAAUGCCGAAUACACAAAGACCCUAGUGAUAGGGCGCAAGAAAGAGGAGAACACACUUUGGGUGGAUACAGAGUUGGCGGACAUGCUAGCUCCCAUCGGACCGCUACGGACUGCCAUCUACGUGGUAGACGACAAGACUGCGGAACUACAUCCUCCAAAGAACAAAGGUCACGAGGCUAUGGUCUAUCUUUCGUAUAUCAUUGACAACUACAACAAUCUCUCCGAUGUCAGCAUCUUCAUGCACGCGCAUCGCUUUGCCUGGCACAACAACGACAUCAUGGAUCUUGACUCGGCGCAGAUGGUUAGAAAUCUCAACCCUAAUCAUGUCAUCCGACACGGCUACGUAAACCUCCGCUGUCACUGGUCUCCUGGCUGUCCUGCAGAAAUUAGCGGUAUUCAUCCUGGAGCACUCGUCGCCAAUGCUCAGAGACAGGAAGAGAUGGUUAUUGCCGAAGCUUGGAGCGAGAUAUUCCCUCUGGACCCCAUUCCACCUACACUGUCGCAGCCCUGUUGUGCCCAAUUCGCACUCAGUAGAGAGCGUAUACAGGCUGUCCCUCUGUCCAAAUACAUUUACUACCGGGAUUGGCUGUUGAAGACACCACUCUCGGACAGUCUAUCAGGCCGAGUAUUCGAGCAAAUAUGGAUCGUCAUCUUCGGCGGUGUGGCAGUGGAUUGCCCAGCUAUGAACAUUUGUUACUGCGAUGGUUACGGCUAUUGCUUCGGAGGCCCGGAAAAGUAUGACGAAUUCAUUGAUUUGCGCUACAUCCUCAGAGACCACGAGAACGAGGCACAUGAGAUUCGCAAGAAUGAGGCUCUGAUCAUGGAAGCCGAAUCUGAUGGCCGGAUACCCGAAGAGACGGACAAUCUAGUGAUUCCAGAGCCAGGACGCAAAGAAUGGAUUCACGAUGAGAUUGAGAGGUUGCGUUGGGAUCUUGGAGGACGGAGGGUCAAGGCGUGGGAGAGAGGACGGGAUCCUCGAAAUCGAGCUUCAGAGGCGGGUCGAGAUUGGAAAGAGGGAGAUGGAUUCUAG